GACAGAGGCGAAGACAGUCCCGUGUUGUGAGUCUCCUCUCUGUGGGCUUCAGGGAUGGACGCGCUGGAUCCGUCUUCAUGAGACAAUGCGCACAAGGGAAACAUCACACAAAGUGUCCUGGACGCGCAAAGUAGGGGGCGAUGCUUGAAAACCAACACCCCCCUCUUUCGUUGAAUCUCUCUGCUAUCAUAUAGACGACACAUCCCGACUGGCUGAGGAGGGGGGGAGAGGAAGAGAAAAAUGAAAAGUUGAAUGGCUACUAGAGGACACCUGGGUGCGUCAGGACAGGAGGGGUGACAAGAGAGGAGCGGACGAGCCAAGCGAAGCGCACACACAGUGAAAAGUUGGGAGCAAGUUGAUGCACCGGAGGUGAUUUAGUCCCGACCCCGCGGUGUCUGUAGGACAGUGAGGGGAGAUUUACCGAGUCAGCGGUGUCUGUGAGACAAUAUAGUGAGAGAGGAUUUACUUUUACCGACCGCGCCGUGUCUGAGGGACAGGCGCGCCGGAGAGGAGUCGACUCGUCCUGCUGCUUGGAGACCUGAAGACACACCGCUACCGAAACACAGCCCUGGUGCUUCUCUUUUUUAUUUUACAAUGCCAGCACGGUGGAGAAGGCGCUGCAGCAGAGACAAUUUGUAGUUUUAUUCUUUAUUUCACAGACUAGUUUUUGGUUCGCGUUUUUUUUUUUAAACCGGAGUUUUCACCACUUCUACUAACGCAGUUAUUUUCCCAAGAGGUUUUAAGUGUCGCACGCCGGUGCCAAAGAGUUUUAACGAUCUUGGACGGGUCAGGCCAUGUAAAAUUUUGCGUGGAUGCCAGCAAGCCAGAUAUCGGGAGCUGGCUGAAGUACAUCCAGUUUGCCCCUGCGGCCAAGCAGCAUAACCUGACAGCGUGCCAGAUAGAUGAUCAGAUCUUCUACAAAGUCACCAGUGAGAUUUUUCCCGGCGAGGAGCUGCUACUUUUCAUGAAGGCUGAAGAGUAUUCAUGUGACACCAUGGCUCCUGAUAUUCAUGAGGAGAGGCAGUACCGCUGUGAGGACUGUGACCAGCACUUUGAGUCCCGCAACCAGCUGCUGGACCACCAGAAGCAGCCGUGUGGGAUGCCCCCCUCCUCUUUCCUUAACCCAGGAGGGGACAGCGACCUGCAAGCCCAGGAACCUCAAGACUUGCGACCCCUCCACAUGUCCCACGGUCUACACGAGUGUAAGGAGUGUGACCAGGUUUUUCCUGAUGUCCAGAGUCUGGAGGCCCACACUCUGUCCCACUCUGAGGAGAGAGAAUACAAGUGCGACCAGUGUCCCAAGGCCUUCAACUGGAAAUCAAACCUGAUCCGACAUCAAAUGUCGCACGACAGUGGCAAGCACUACGAAUGUGAAAACUGCUCAAAGCAGGUGUUCACAGACCCCAGUAACCUGCAGAGGCACAUCCGCUCACAGCACGUCGGGGCACGGGCCCACGCCUGCUCUGACUGCGGCAAGACGUUCGCAACGUCUUCGGGCCUCAAGCAGCAUAAGCACAUCCACAGCAGUGUCAAGCCCUUCAUGUGUAAGUCACUAAGACCCUACCUAUGCGAGGUAUGCCACAAGUCCUACACCCAGUUCUCUAACCUGUGCCGCCACAAACGCAUGCACGCUGACUGCCGCACUCAGAUCAAGUGCAAGGACUGUGGGCAGAUGUUCAGCACCACAUCCUCCCUCAACAAGCACCGGCGCUUUUGUGAAGGGAAAAACCAUUUCACAGCAGGGGGAUUGUUUGCCCAGGGUAUGCCACUCCCUGGCGCCCCUGGCUUGGACAAAUCAGCUCUGGCAAUGGGCCACAGCAGUGCUGGACUGGCCGACUACUUUGGGGCCAGUCGCCACCAUGGCGGGCUCACCUUUCCUGCUGCUCCAGCUUUUCCUUUCAGCUUCCCUGGCCUUUUCUCCUCUGGACUCUACCACCGGCCGCCACUCAUUCCUGCCACCUCUCCCGUCAGACAACCAGGCCAUGCACCUCUUGUUGGGCCUGGUGCAGAGCUGAGUAAGAGUCCACUGCUGCCUCCAAGCCCUGGACUUCAGGAGUCCCGAGAGCUCCUCAAGGCUCUGCGUAAAGAUGGUGGUGUACCUGGCAACCAGAUGCCAGGUUCAGAGCUCCACGCCCAGAGCUCCUCGUCCUCCACAAAGCAGCGGAACAAGCAGAGUGACCAGUCCGAGAGCAGUGACCUGGACGAUGUCAGCACGCCCAGUGGAAGUGAUCUGGAGAGCACGUCGGGCUCUGAGUUGGAGAGUGACAUGGACAGUGAGAGGGAAAGGGGGGCUGCUCGAGAAAAUGGCAAAGGCCCCAAGAGGAAGGCCAGUGAAGGAGGCCCCCAGAGCCCCAGCCUGACCAGCAGCAGUGCUGCUAAAGACUUUCCGGGACCUUCCCUCAUCCCAUCCUCGCUGGACGAGCACACGGCCGUAACAGGGGCUGUGAAUGACUCUAUUAAGGCCAUUGCCUCAAUUGCUGAGAAGUAUUUUGGCUCCACAGGGCUGGCUGGCCUGCAGGACAAGAAGGUCGGGUCUCUGCCCUACCCCUCCAUGUUCCCACUGCCUUUCUUCCCAGCUUUCUCUCCUCCAGUUUACCCAUUUCCAGACAGGGACCUCAGACCUCCAGGACUGAAGGGCGAGCCACAGUCUCCAGCAGAUGACUGCAAGAAGGCCCAGGGAAAAUCUUCUUCUGAGUCACCAUUUGACCUCACUACUAAGCGGAAGGAGGAGAAGUCUGCCACAUUCGCCCCCUCUAAACCAGCGGCCUCCCACUCCCUUGGUCAGGAUCAGCCGCUAGACCUGAGCCUGGGGACUAGGGGCCGCGGAGGCAAUCCAAGAGAAGAUGAGGCAAAGAAUAGCCUGGGGCACGAGGAGGAGAAGGCAGUGGUGGAGAUCCCAAAAGCUGACACGUCUUUACAGCAUGCCAGGCCCACGCCUUUCUUCAUGGACCCCAUCUACAGCAGGGUUGAGAAGAGGAGAAUGAGCGAUCCGUUUGAGACUCUGAAAGACAAGUACAUGCGGCCGGCUCCAGGCUUCCUCUUCCAUCCACAGUUUCGUUUGCCAGAUCAGAGAACUUGGAUGUCGGCCAUCGAGAACAUGGCAGAGAAGUUGGAGACGUUUGGCUCCUUGAAGCCAGAGUCUGGUGACCUGCUGCGCUCCGUCCCCUCCAUGUUUGACUUCAGAGCCCCACCCUCUGCACUUCCAGAGACGCUGUUGCGCAAGGGCAAGGAGCGCUACACAUGCAGAUAUUGUGGGAAAAUAUUCCCGCGCUCUGCCAACCUGACCCGCCACCUCAGGACUCAUACAGGAGAGCAACCAUACAGGUGUAAAUACUGCGACCGCUCCUUCAGCAUCUCCUCCAACCUGCAACGCCACAUUCGCAACAUCCACAACAAGGAAAAGCCCUUCAAGUGCCACUUGUGUGAUCGUUGCUUCGGUCAGCAGACCAACCUGGACCGUCACCUCAAGAAGCACGAGAAUGGCAACCUGUCAGGCACUGCGAUGUCGUCCCCACAGUCUGAACUGGACAGUGGCAGCGCCAUAUUGGACGACAAGGAAGACUCUUAUUUCAAUGAAAUAAGAAAUUUCAUCAGCAACACGGGCCAGAACCAGACAUCACCGGACCCCUCUGAGGAAGGGUUAAACGGCGGUCCAUUUGAAGAAGAGAAGCCGCUGAUGGCCAGCCGUGGGUCACGUGACCUGGAAGACGAGGAUGCGGAGGAGCUUGGUGCUGAUGAAGAAGAAGGGGAGGAGCUUAGCAACACCCCUGGGAAACAGGAAGACGAGGCGCUUCCUAGCAGCCUCAGCGAUGACAUCAUACAAGACGAGAUGGACUUCAGCGGUCCGAACGACUUGAACCUCAACUGCAAAACCUCUCCGAGAAGGUAUAAGGAUGAAGAGGAGCAGAGUAGCUACUCAGCCUUGGAUCACAUUCGUCACUUUUCGGACAUGCGCAAGCUGGAGGAGAGCGAAAUGAGUGACGGAGACGGAGAUGAGGACGAUGGAUCGUUUGGCUCCCCCUCGCUGACUGAUGCAGUCAAACAGCCACUCUUUAGGAAAUCUAAGUCUCAGGCAUAUGCCAUGAUGCUGUCUCUGGCUGAAAAGGACUCUCUCCACCCAGCCUCCCACACCCCGGCCACCAUGUGGCACAGUCUGGCACGGGCUGCUGCUGAAUCCAGUGCCAUCCAGUCCCUUAGCCACGUAUGAUGACGCCCCUUUGCGCUUUACCCUUUCACCUCUCAACCCCCAAACCUGACCUAUGGCACUGGGAGCCCAUUGCAGGGGCUAUGUGCGGUGGCCCCUGAUCGUCCACAGAGUGACUGCUAAGCAGAACCACGGCCCAUCUGACUGCUGAGCGGAGCGCCUUACACACAAAGCCGGGUCACUGUCCACGCAGAGCCCAGCCCAGCCCCGAGCCCCCAAAAACCUCCAACAGAUAGAGAGCAAAACGUCCCUCUGAGACCUUAAAACUGAUUUCUUUCCAUUAACACCAACCAGGAUGAUAGCAAUGAUGAUGAUUGUGGUGAAAAUAAUAAUAAGUAAUAAUAGCUGUAUUUAUUCUGCUGAAUUUCUAUGUUUUGCACAGCAAAGGCAGCUGGUGGACAUGGAAGAUGGAUGUGCUGGUGUAUCAUUGCUAGACUGCAUUUAUUGCCCAGCACAUAGAAAGUAAGGAGAACAUUUCACGCUGAGAGGGUGAGUUUGGUUGUGUCUCUAAGACAGCCAGUUUCAGCCUGGUAUGUUUCACUGUGCGAGAAGCAUAAGAGCAUAACAGCCUCUGACAAAAGUAUCUUCAAAUUAUAUUACAAGAAUUCCCUUUAACCCCCAGAGAGCCACAGGUGUUUCUCAUAAAUACAUGUACUUGAUGAUAAAAAUGAAGGGUGGGGUUAGCAACCUCGGUUCAAAUGAAACACCGCUCCAUGUAAGGACUUUAAUAUCACUGAAGUCAUUGAAGAACAAAUUUUAAAAACAAGUAAUUAUUAAAACUGAAAUCAGGCCAGUUUCCCAUCUGCGUUUUCAUAGCUGCGUGUGUCUGCACAAUCAUAGCACUGUACACAAGUGUCUACCAACUGUUCUCCACUGCACUCCAUCCUGCCCGCCUGCGCUAUCUGUGAAAGGAUAUAAAUAGAUUGUCUUUUUAGUGGAAGAGAAGAAAACACAAUUUUUUUUUUUGUUUGUUUUUUUGUUUUGUUUUUUUACUGAAAUAAGUAGCCAGUGCUGAAGUUAAUUGUUGUUCUGUAAAGGGCAUAUGUCUUUUUCCAAACCCUUGAAUCCAUCCUAGUCAGCCAACAAUACCACUAAAUAGCCUGAAUGCUAGUCGUUAGCUACUCCAUGCUCGUGUGUCUUUCAUUUUUAGACAAUCAUGAUUUUGUUUUCAUUUUUUUUGUUGGUGUUGUUGUUGUUAUUUGCUGUUGUAUGUUGAGAAUUGUAUUUAUUUCUUGGCAAACUGUAGUUUGUUUACUGAAUAGCACUGCUCUUAGCCCAGGUGAAGGGGAGAUUCCUCGCCGGGCCUAUCCCAGAGUUCAAUGGGGUUUGUAGAUUACAUUUGAGUGCCGGAUAGUAUUAAACAUACAAUUCACUCCUUAUUCUUCUAAUGAAACCGGUCGAUGAAUAGAUAUUACUUAGGGUUUUUUUUCUAUGACAAUUUAAUGAUUCAAUUGUAAAAAAUGAAAAACAUUAUAAAGAAUGAAUAAUAAAAAAAAGCCAGGUAUAAUUUCUUCAUAAACGCAUGAUUGGUCUGGUAAGAUCUGUAUCUGACAUUUUCUACGGUUGUCUGCAAGCUUGUGUGACGUUCGGUUCAUGUUAAUCCCUUGUGCCAAACUUAUGAUAAAUAACAGAUUACUUUCAUUUAUUCUCCCGUUUUGAGGGACCAGAUUUUUUUGUUUGUUUGUUCAUGUCGUUGUUUUGUUUAUAAUCGAUUUUAAAAAGUAAUCAGCAAGUUGAGGUACUUUGUUUUAAUGCUUUCUACAAUGUAACUGUUAUGCAUUUCAAUUCAAUACUGUGGGAGGAACAACUAAGAAAUAAAGGACUACAAUGUGGAUUUA